AUGUCGGGGCAUGAGGGCGUCCUCAUUUGGGAUCUCACUGUAGUACUGUACAAUCAAUGCGUCGCGCAGCUUGUGGCAAAUUUCCAACUAACGCCCCCUAUAGUGGUUCCGUCGUCAACUAGCACCUCCUUGAUGGGAUGUCCUUCAGCUGCAGUGCUUCGGCGGUCAAAUGUUUGGGCGGCAAACAAAGCAUUCUUGGAAGCGGCCAUGCCUAACUUGGAAAGUGAGAGUGCUUCGUUUCGGACUCCUAAACAGGUGUUGAACGCUCAAAUGGUGCACCUGCGCGGCAGAAAUAUUGUCAAUCAGUGCGAGGUGAUCGAAAGUGCGCGGUUGCGUCCCAUGCUGAAAAUGAACCGGUGCCUGAAUUCGUGCUUCCUUCUCGCAGCUCUGUUUGGAGUGGUAUUUGGUGGUGACAUGAUGAGGAAAAGCAUUGUGUUCAGUGAAGAGACACCAGAUGUCUUCUACUGCCCACAAGAAAAGCCCACGACCGUCGACAAUAUGUUCGUGAAGGCACGACCAUUGGACAAAUUGUGCGAGUUCCAUGGGAAGAGACUUCCAAGGAAAUACAGGAGUGAUUGUUAUAACGAUGUGGAUGAAUCGGAAUUUGCUUGCUUGGAGAAGGAACGGAUCAAUAAACGCAUGACUUCGUUGAACGAAACCGGAGAGCUCACCAAUGCCGUCAGACGAUAAGGAAAGACUUUUCGGCUGAAGAAGCUGAAUCCAUCUGAGCGUUUUAACUUGCUGUGAUGAAAUUGAUUCCGGCAGCUAAUUUUUUAAUGGGAUGAACGGUUUGAGGAAACGGGAAUGAUAGGCUCGUAUAGAAAGCUUGUGAAUGUUCGUUGAAACGACAAUACUGUCAUACGACUUUUGGCACAAGUGAUAUACAAGAUUUCAAGUUUAAACGAUCCAUUUGUGGCCCAAAUACACGUUUCGAUGGAUCCAUGGAAGAAAUCUCGAACCCACUUACUGAGACCAUCCGUGGGUCACAUCCUUCUCAUCAAGCCUUUCCUGCUUCAGUAUAUGAAGGUAACACCAAAAAUCUUUUUGGGUACACCAUAUUUUUCGAAAAAACUGGCUUUUCUCAAGAUGCUCAAGCUUUUGGUGAAAAUCCAAGCUUCCAGAGUUAAUUGAGUCACGUUUUGUGAAUGUCCAAUUUUAUACUGUAGUUAUAUUUGUAUUUGACCAAUUGACCGGGAAUAAAGACAGCCAAAGCAUUCCACAGCGGAA